GCUCAGUCCGUAUCUCCGUCGGUCUGAGUCCUCAGCGCUGGCAAGGGAUAAUAAACUGCCUUUCCGCAGCAAUACGUGGUCAAAGGAACAGCCCGCAACAGAGUGGACAUUCACAGAAGAUUUGGGUGUUUUGAACGCAGGGACUUCCCUGGUUGGUCGUGAGGUUCUAAGUGUUCAAAGCUGUUACUGUGGCAUAACUGACCUUUGGAUGUGAAAAGUGGCAGCAGGGUCGUACUUAAGAAAGAAGCAUCCAGAACCGUCCAAAAUAUCCUAUACACAGAGGGGGAGUUCAAAAUUCACCUUGAAUGCUGAUUUAUAAGAGUGAAAAGAUCCAAAAGCUGACAGAUUGAACACAUUGCUUGGCAGUUCAAAAGGAGAGCAGUCAAGAAGUCAAAGACCAUGAGUUACAGCUGUGGCAAGCGACACUAUAACCCUAUAACACAGACCACGUAAAAUGGGGACUAUGUUUGGCAUUAUGGCUCCUGAACAGCUGUGACUGCCCUCAAGACACAUUUUUCCCAGAACCUGUGUCUUUGUAAUCCUAUUGGCCGUCCAUCUCCUGUGAUCAUUUUUCUUAUUUUGAGUUCUAACCACUUUCGUUUCCCUCCUUGAUCAAAACAAAUCCAGUUUUUGCUCCGAAAAUGGCCUGCAGGUUCAGCUUACCUUGUGCAUUUCCACCCUCCUUUCUCAUCCUCGCUCUCCCUAUUUUUCUCUUCCUCCAUGCACCUUCUUUUGUGAGGGGUGACUGCUGGCUAAUUGAGGGGGAUAAAGGCUAUGUGUGGCUGGCAAUCUGCAGUCAGAACCAGCCUCCAUAUGAGACAAUCCCACAGCACAUUAACAACACUGUCCAUGACUUACGGCUGAAUGAGAACAAGCUCAAGGCAAUUUUCUUUAGCUCCCUCAGCCGAUUCACCAACCUUACCGACCUCAACCUCACUAAGAAUGAAAUCUCCUACAUUGAGGACGGUGCCUUCGCAGGACAGGCCAAUCUACAGGUCUUGCAGUUGGGAUAUAACAAGCUAACCAACCUCACUGAGGGGAUGCUGCGAGGGUUGGGUCGAAUGCAGUGCCUAUAUCUGCAGCAUAACCUUAUAGAGGUAAUUGCAACCAAUGCCUUCUGGGAGUGCCCAAGCCUUAGCAGUCUCGAUCUUUCCUCUAACAAAUUAACAAAGCUGGAUUCAUCCACCUUCACCAUUUUGGGUGGACGGCUAAUAGUGUGCGAACUGGCUGGAAAUCCGUUCCAUUGUGGAUGUGACUUGUACAGCUUCCUUAUUUGGUUGGAGGCAUUCGACAAUGUCACUCACACCUAUGACAGGCUCCUGUGCGAGACCCCAAAGGAACUUUUUGGCUACCCUCUCCUGAGUCCCAGAGGUAAUCAUGGAAAAAAUGCUCGUUCCAUCCUGUCAUCCAUGUGUAAAAAUGGAGUGAUUGUUACUGGUAUAACUGCCCUGCCUCCUGACUUGGACUCUUCUGGGAUGGGGAUGGAUAUUUAUGAUCAGAUGGGACCUUAUCACCAGCCCACAGCUUCAUCAACCACAGACCCCCUCUAUAGUCCCACUAUUAAGUUGCAAACGGUCACCCUCUACACCGCAUCCCUCUUGGUUCAAAUACCCAAGCCCUACAGUAAGAUGUACAUCUUAGUGCAAUACAACCACACCUAUGUGUCAGAUGUCACAAACUUAAAGAACAAGAAAGAGAUUGUCACACUAAACAACCUAAAGCCCCACACAAAUUACACAUUUUGUGUUGCCUCCAUUCGCAAUUCACAGCGGUACAAUCACACUUGUCUGUAUUUUGCAACUCGGGCUCCAGGGAUCGAUGAGUUGCGAGCAACCCCUUCUACCACCACCCAUUACAUUAUGACCAUUCUAGGCUGCCUGUUUGGGAUGGUCAUUGUGUUGGGCUUGGUGUAUUACUGUUUACGUAGGCGUCGAAUGCAGGAGGAGAAGGAAAAGGCAAUUAGUGUUAAGAAAACUAUUUUAGAGAUGCGCUAUGGGCCAGAAGCUGCUGCUGCAGCAGCCAAGGAUCCUUCAGCCUUGCAGAAACUCCAUGACCAGUCCCAUCAUCAACACCACCACAGCAAGUUGCCCCAGUCAGCAUCCUCCAGCUUGGGCAUCCUUCACGGCUCAGCCAACACCACCUCUUCUCGACUUUCUUCCCUGCCUCAAGUGGAGAAGAUGGCUACAGCUUUCUCAGAAGCCAUGGCCGCCAAUAAGGGCAACUACAUGGAUGUACGAAUGUCAGCAGGAGGAGAGGAGCGAGUAAGAGAUGGGGUAGUAACAGGGUCAGGGGAUGAAAUCCCAAGAAAUGAAAAUGGGAUUAAUGGAGGAGAUGACUCUGAUGAUGAUGGCCGAGAUUCAACAUCCGAGAUCUCCACCAUUGCCAAGGAGGUGGACAAGGUAAACCAGAUUAUCAAUAACUGCAUUGAUGCACUCAAACUAGACUCUGUAGCUGUUGUGGCAGCAGCUGCUGCCACUGCAACUACAGCAGACAACACUGCCUCUCCUCCACCUCCUAGUGUCUCUUCCUUAGCCAGGGGGCUAAUUCCACUUUCCCCUACCAUCACAGAGACAUGCCAGAUCAUGUCGUCCCCUAAAAUCCGUCCGCCACCCCCUGUUCCUCUUGUUUUGCCCCUUUCUGAGCGGCCCGGCAUCAGCGGAGGGGGCUUUCUCUCCCCUCCCUACAGGGACCCACCCCCAGCUACAGCUUCACGGCCCUUGCAGAGGCAACUCAGUGCAGAUGCUGCAGUUGUUCCUAUCAACUCUGUUAAAAACCGCUGCAGUGUUUCUUCCGGUGGCUCUGUCAAAAGUGCUCGGAUCUUCAGUCUGGACGUCCCUGAUCCUCGAAGCCCAGAGCCAUGCAAGUACCCUGAGAAAGGCAGCCCUGUUCGGUGCGGGGAGCCAAUAGAGAGGUUGCCCUUAAUAGGUGUUCAGGGAGUCAGUAAUGGCAGAGGAGAUGGUGGCAGCGGGGGUGGAGGGGGAGCCGGUGGUGGCAGUGGUGGUUCGGGUGGGUGUGGUGUUGUGGUUGGAGGUGGGGGCAGCACAGCUCAACAGCACCACUUGGAGGUGCACCCAGACUACCACUGCUCAGAGCACCGACACUCCUUCCCCGCCCUCUACUAUGAGGGUGCCACUGACUCCCCUGCCCAGAAAGUCUCCUUUCUAAAGCCUCUCACUCGCACCAAGAAGGACACUGCCUACUCCCAGCUUUCUCCCCGCCACCACAAUUACUCAGGGUAUUCCUCCAGCCCUGAGUACUCCUCCGAGAGCACUCUUAAAAUCUGGGAGCGCUUCCGUCCCUACAAGAAAAGCCCCCGUGAGGAGGCCUACAUAGCCGCUGGCCAUGCUCUUCGAAAGAAAGUGCAGUUUGCAAAGGAUGAGGAUCUCCAUGACAUUCUGGACUACUGGAAGGGGGUAUCAGCACAGCAGAAACUGUGAUGCUUGUGAGAGACAAUGACGGCAGGAGGAGAGGUUUUGGAGAAAAGAACCAGUGGCUCUUGAGACAGCUCGGCAGACUCCAUCAGCAGGUGCUUUGGUCCCUGCAGACCACCACAGAGACAAGUGUUCUGAAAGAGACAGAAUUGAGCAGGUGUUCCAAACUCAUUAAGGCAUAGAUAAGCAACCAACCAGAAAUGCACAGGAAAUGUGGCACUUAAAAAGGCAACCAGUUUCAGUGUAGAAUCCCUCCAUUUUUCCUUGUGUUCCACCUGUGCUCCCUUGCACUGUAGUUUGACAAGAUAAUAGUCUUAAAUGAGGAAUUAGUGUUUUUUUAUUUUACAAAUGCCUGACUAUACUCUCGAGAGAUGGUGAUAACUGAUGCUUGUCAAGAUGAUUGUUUUACAAUGUUAAUUAGUAAGAAGGGGGGAAAAAGAGAAAAGUUGUGAAUUUAGCUUGGCUGAAGCCAUAGGUCAAAACAUGGAUAUCCUGUUCCCUCACAUUCCCUAAUCUCUGCUUAAGCAAAGCGUAUUCGUUGAUUUGAGACACCUACACACAUUUUACACAGCAUGUGUGGGACACAGUUAUCAAACCAGAGGCAGCCAUUUGGAUAUGGUUUAUAUUAAAGCAGUGUGGCAAUUCGAUAAAACACACAAUGUUAAUUCCUUUUUGGCAUUAAUUUGUGGCAGAGCCUGCCUCAGAUACAUUUUCCUCUUCAUUUAUGGUCUUUUGAUUCUUUAUUUUAUUUUUUACUUUUUUUGUUUUGAUUUGUUUUGUUUUGUUCAAAGAAGGGAAAGAGUAAUAUGGGAUCUAAGAAUAGCUUAUGUUUCAGAUUUUAAGUAUCAGAGACUAGAUAUGACAAAGAAUUGUGAUUUUACAAGUGGCAGCUAGAUAUAGACCCCAAUGUAGUAAUAGGCUAAAAUAGUCAAGGUUAACAGUUGUUUAUUAAAUGUGUAGGGAUGUUACACAAAGAGUUUGCUUUGUUUAGCCUGUUGGGAGGCAAAAUGCCAAAGCUAAACUGAAUGCUACAGUUUCAUUAAAUGCUAAACCUAAUCUGGAAGCUACAAUUUCCUGAAAUGCUAAACAGACAUUUUCAUAAUAACUGUCUUGCUGGUGUUUGGGUAAUACUUUACAGUGAUAAGUUUAUCACAGGCACAGAAAACCUUGAACCGGCUUUAGCGGCUAUGUGUAGAGUACUUUUAUUUUUUCUCCACUGAUUCCACAGAAUCAGAUGCCGACUAGGUUGGUUCUACUUACAGUAUAUUCAUUGAAUGCUGUUGUAGCUCUUCCUUUGUCUCCCCUAUUGAUAUGACCUUCUGUUUCCUGUUAUAGCCCACUUCUGUUGACCUGAUCUGGGUUGUGGUCAAACUAGGGAAGGUAUGAAACAAAUUCAGUUAUUUCUCACAUCUCAUUCCUAAGACCUUGUUAUUGUCCUUGCAUGGCUUAAUAGGGAAAAUUAAUUAGCAAUCUGCAGCAGAAGAGUCAAAGGGUCACAGAGGUGCUAAUAUUAUUAACACUGCCAGAUUGGAAAAGUGAUUGAAAUUAAUCUCGACCUCUCCGGUCAGGUCAUCACCCAGAAUGCAUCCCUGGAGUUUUGCUGGUUCACUCAUGGCAAUGAAAGGCAAGCUGAUACUCUUCUUCUUUAGAGCAAUUUACUGGCUUAAAAUAUACACCUCAAGCUCCUUAAAAUAGGCUUCUGAGCUUUGAAAUUUCAGUCAAGGGCAUUUUUGAUGACAAAUGUUUGCAUUUGUUGUUUAUUAAUGAAUGUAGAUUUCAAGACCUUAUAGUUGACAUGCAAUGGGUUCUAUCAGCAAUGAGUGCAAGCGUCUUUAGAAUUCAGUCAGAACAUGGAAAUGGAUCUUUUUACAGUUGCAUUUGGCCAGCAUUAAAACUUACAGUAUGAACUCAGCAUGCAUCGGUUGCAUAUGUCAUCCUCCUUCAAGGUUCAAAAUCAAUGCUCUGUAAUUGAGAAUUGACACUGUCAAGUCAAAAAUAUAGAGGUUUCCCUCAUGAGCCAUUUUACUGUACUAAAACCUCUCAGAGGGAAAUCCAGGCUGCAGUCAACCAUGGUCUAUGAGAUUAAAAACAAGAUGAGGAUUUAGAAAUUGGUUACCCUGUUAAGAAAGAGGCUAUAUUAAUGCUUAAGCUAAUGCUUUAUAUUUAGAUUUGAGUGAGAAAAAUAUAUAUUGAACAGUAUUUGUACAAAGGAUACAUGGAUAGAUAUGAAUAUCACUGACAAGUGCAGGCUUGUAGCAAGAUCUUGCAACAAGCGAUAAACCCACACAUGCAUAUAUUCCACCAUCAUUAGUUUUUGUGAAAUCUCAUUUAUUCCUAUUUAAGACUCCAAAAGUCCCCCACCCCACACUAUUUUCCUAAACUCAGUUAGGAGAUGAGUUUGCUAAACAGCCUCAAGGCUUGCGUUAUUGCACUGUGGUUGGGAGAUACCAAGCUAAGACAAUUGGAGAGAAAUUAUUAUGCUCUUGAAAUGUUUCGUUUAAGUAUAUUGUUGGCAUAUGGGAAUGACAAUUAUUUGUGGUUUGAUUUCCUGCUGAUAAGUUGGUUUUUUUUGGUAAUGUAUGUGUAUGUAUGGUCUUAAAGAUAUACAGUACAAUGUCACUGAGAUGUAACUGAUGGCUGACUGUGAAAACUGUGACAAACACACAACCAACAAGAGAACAAUCUAUACUAACAAUGGUUACAUAAAGUAUAUGUACAAGUAGUAUUAGAUUUCCAAUGGAUAUGUCCAGUGAAAACAAAAAUCACUGUAUGUGUUAUGUACAUACAAACACACGCACACAUAUACACAAACACAUAUGCAGAGUGUACAAUCUACACAUACUGUAUAAGUUUACAGACACAUAGUCUUAAAAGUGCCCUGUUGGCACUAAAACAUAAAGUGAUUUAUUUUAAAGGAAGGUGCCAAACAUUUGUCAAGAUUAUAACUGUUUGUUGUUUAUAUGUUAUUUAUUUGUCAAACUACAUUAUUUUAUGAUUGAAAAGUCAUUGUUGUAGUUGGUGUUUAUUUAGCGUGAUUUUAAAUUUCAGAUAAGCACUAUAUAUUAACAUAAUGGAUUUUUUUUAUUUUUUUAUUUUUUUUUUUAAUUUUCCUCCAGAAUGCCCUCCUGAUCAAGUGUACUCAAGGCCAAAACCCAGGUGCUUUUAAAUAAUUUUGGGUUGAAUUGUGUUUUGAUUGAUUCCCAGCUAUAUACAUUGUAAUGAUAUCCAAAUUAAUAUAAUUUAUAUCAGGGCUGUAUUGAUUUGUAUAAAAAGAUACAUUCUGCAGGAUUCCUAAAAGCUCCCGCAUUCAGAAUCUGAAUCUCACUGGAAAUACCUCAAAAAAUAUAUAUAUAUAUAGAGGGAGAGAAGAUGAGUUUUGCACACAUACAUUUCCACUGUAAACUCCCACAACACAAGUGAGUAAAGUUCCCCUCUCGGUAUGGUUUUACAGAGGACUGUAGAGUUUCAACAAUUUCCGUCCUCCCACUAAUAAAGUUUUAAACUGAAAGACUUACGGCCCACAAUUCAAUGGACUCCUACCAUCUUGUCCAUGGAGAUAAUAAGCCUUUCAAAACCUACCAUUGUCCUGUGAUGCACUUGUCAAAUUUAGUUGCAUGUUUGGAGUGUGAUGAAGCCUUUUUGCUAGUUUUUUUUCCCCUUCCUUUUUCCUACUAAUGUAUUGUGCCAGCGAUUUCUCUUUCAUAUCUCUAUUCCUCAUGCUCCAGCUGAGUGUUCGUGCUUAUGCUCCUGAAGCCUUGAUAAAGUGAAUUUGGUGUGCGGUUAGAAAACACAGAAAGGUUUUUUUUUUUUUUUUUUUUUUUUUAUUGUAAUAAAGUAUACAGAGACUUUUGGCUGCUUUAAUUAGGCCAGGCCCCUUCAAGACCCCUUAUUAGGCACCUGAACAAAAUGUUAUUCACACUCUCCAUGGCACCACUCCGGGUUUAAUGCAAAAAGACUCAAAUUCCCAACCCCCUUUAUCUCGAGAUGGGUACUAGCUCAGCAGGUUAACCAAGACCUCAGAGAAGAACCCGCUGUGAUCGAGGCUAGAGUUUUACAUGCCUUUCAGUCAAACAUUUAUGAGUAAUAAGCGAACUGAGCACGGGGAAGAGAACAAAUAUAUUUAAGUGAUGGAUCGGCACAGGUUUUAAAUAUAGCUUCAGUAAUAAGAUCAGUAGGUUUGAUGUUGACUACUAAUUCAAUUGAUUCGCUUUCAUGGAGGCUUUGCGUCAUAUAGGGAAUUGUUUUCUUUGUUCUGGUUUUCAAACUGCCUUGUUUUAUGUGAAAACUAUUUGAAGUCAACAUGAAAAAGAACUGAGCCUAUUUACCUUUUAAUGCACAUAGUUAUUCGUAAUCUUUCAUCAAAAUGUAACAACUUUCACCUGACUGGCCUUUUCAGCAGAUUUUUCAUUACCUUUUGUUUAAUGUUAAAGGGUUAGUUCACCCAAAAAUGAAAAUUCAGUCAUUAAUUACUCACCCUCAUGUCGUUCCAAACCCGUAAGACCUUCGUUCAUCUUCAGAACACAAAUUAAGAUAUUUUUGAUGAAAUUCAAGAGGUAUAUGACUCGUCCAUAGACAGCAAUAUAAUCAACACUUUCAAGGUCCAGAAAGGUACUAAAGACAUCAUUAAAACAGUCAACAUGACUGCAGUGGUUCAACCUUCAUUUUAUGAAACAACGCGAAUACUUUUUGUGCACAAAAACAAAACAAAAAUAAUGACUUUAUUCAACAAUCUCUUCUCUUCUGUGUCAUUAUCAUACAUUGUUUACGUCCAGCGCUUCCAGGUUCUACUCAUUAUUGGCCGGCUCCUGCGUCAGCAUCACACGCAUGCGUCAUGAUGCUCAUGUGUGCAGCUUUGGCCAAUACUGAGUCGGCAUUCGGACGUAAACACGGAAGCCUUCACUGUGCUUACUGCGUCACCUGCGUAAGGAUAAUGACAGGGAAGAGAAGAGAUUGUUGAAUAAAGUCGUUAUUUUUGUUUUGUUUUUGCUC